AUGUCCGCGACGAUUAGGAAGGUCACCAAAAACGAUGAAGCUGCCCUAUCCAAGAUAUGUCUGCUUACGGCCGAUGCGGGCAAUUCAGCGGAGCACCUGCACGACUUUCCCGAGUUGCCUGGCCUGGUAUAUGCGGUACCAUACGUUCAUCUUCCGACUACUUGGGGAUAUGUGCUGGAAGAGGACGGUACUGGCGAUGUAGUGGGAUACAUUCUGGGUUCCAAGGAUACGAGAGCGUACGAAAGAUAUGCUCAAGAAGAUUGGUGGCCUUCAUUGGCAGAGAAAUACCCGCCGUCAACCGCGUCGAAAUCCGGCGACGUCCACUAUACCAACCUCCUCCGCAACAUGCAUACGGCACCACAAGCCAACAUCGACUUUUCACCCGCACAUUUGCAUAUCAACAUCUUGCCCGCUUACCAGAAGAAGGGUUGGGGUAGGAAGCUCAUUGGCGAGGCGAUCAAGUACCUAGAAGGAGAGGGAUUUGAGGGCGUCUGGUUGGGCCUUGACCCGAGAAAUACGGCUGCUAGGGCAUUCUAUGGAAGACUUGGGUUCAAAGUCAUUGAAGGAGCACCCGAUAACAAUCAGAUGCGGUUGCGGUUUACCGAUUUCGUUGGUGCUAAAGAUAGCACAUCGUGA